AUGAGUAAUAUGAAUUCAACUUAUACUUCUAGAGGAAAUACUCCUUAUGCUCAAGGAACUUUUGUAAAUUAUCAAGUUCCAGUAAAUAAUAUGAUGAGGUAUCUCCAAAAUAGUAAUUCAUCUGGUACUCAUGGAAUAUUCACUUGUGAAGGAUCAAUACCAGGAAAUGCAUCUUAUGUAAAUUUAUUAUAUGACAAAACAACUCCAGCGAUAUUUAGUGCUUUUCGAGGUACAUCACUCCUUGAUGGAUAUCAUCAUUUCUUUGUUUUUGGUAAUCGAAAAGAUGCAGUUGGAUUUGCAAACCAUGAGAAUAGUGCAUCUAAUUUAUUUAUUAGAGAUAGUUACUUCGAUUUACCAAAAUCUAAGUUUCAAUUGACAACAUUCUCAAAUUGCAUAUUUGAUGUCACAAAAGAAAAUGAACUUUUUCCACUUGAAGGGAAAAUUAUAUGCGAAGAAAUGAUGAUGACAACUUUAUGUUUUUCGAAAGCUAUAGAAUAUUAUUCUAAGUUUUCAUUUAUGCAAACUUUUAUUAUUUUGUUUGAAUAA